AUGUAUGACGGUGUGAUCAGCGCACCGAAAUGCAGCUGCAGUUGCUGUGUGGUUGAAAGAAGAAGGCCAGAUGAAGCUGGUGGACAAGACUUGGCGAAGUGUGCAGCACCACCCCCGCAGAGCAGUCGAUGCUCAAGCGAAUGUGCUGCUGUGAACGACGAAGUCUUUUCCCAGGUCAAGGUGGUGGAUAUGGACCGAUAUUGUUUUCAUCGAUGUCGGCCUGAGGGUUCACUGCAACCCUCCGAGCGCUUAGAGGUGCUCGAAAAGACGGGCGGUGCCUCCUUCCACGGAGGCUUUAGCGUUUACACACCGUGCGUGCCAGUGCCAAAGAGCUUGGAGACCUUUGCAAUGGAACCCAACGGCAAUGGUCGCGAUCAUCUACUUGAGGAGAGUGGAGGGGAAAGGCAGCAGCCUGGGAGGCCUGCUGCUUCAGCGGGAAUGACUGAGGAGGACAUGGUGGCCUUUAGACGCUUCCAGAGGUUUCUACGGAUGGAGCAGGGGCCAAAUCCAAGUUCUCGCAGAGGUCGUCGCGGACGAGAUGAAGAUGAUGAUGAUGAUGGGUAUGGUGACAAAGGACAGGCGGGGCCACCGCCGAGCUGGGACGGGUCGUCUUCCUUUGAGGACUUUUUGAUCCGUGCUCGCUUGUGGUUGGCAACUACCAAGGCAAAAGGAAAGGCCAGAGGACCCCUUUUGCUGAAGGCGCUCAGUGGUACGCCUUUCGAGACCUUCAAGCACCUAGCAAAGGAUGCGGCCUGGCUGGCUGAUGCCAACAACGCCAACACGUUGCUCGAGACCAUGGACAAACCGGAAUACUAUGGUGAUGAUCAACAAGAACACAUGAUCACGGCUCUCAGCCGUAUCACAUACCAUGUGAAGAGGCAGAAGAAUGAACCAUGGCGAGACUUUUUCGCACGUUGGGAAGGAGCGAUGCGAAAAGUGAACCAGCAUCGCAUCAACCUCCCCUUGGACUACGAGGGCUUUUUGAUGAUCAACGGCCUUCAGCUCUCAGACUGGCUGCGGAAGAACGAGACACGUUUAGCUGCCAGUGAACUUGGUGCUGAGAAGGCCAAGGUCAACAAGGUCUACUUUGCCGAGGACGUCUUGGAGAAGGACCCCUACGACGAGACCGGCGACGAGGUGGACCAGGAGAUCGAGAUCUUGGAGAACUAUCUCACUGACUUGCAGGACGGCGAGGAGAUUGCGGAGCACGACGUGUUGGAGGAAGAGGACGCGGCAGAAAUCCUAGCAAUGAUGCUCAAGCAAAAGAAGACCUACAAGGAGUCUUUGCGUGAGAAAAAGGAAAAGGAGCUCUCCAGAGGUUAUGGAAUGCCUGGGAAGGGAGGCAAAGGUUUUGGAAAGGGCCUUGGAAAGGGGCGAAGUUUCAUUCAGCCCGGACAGUACAAGGUUUCCAUAGAAGAAAUCAAGAGGCGCACCAAAUGCAACAAUUGCGGAACCCUGGGGCAUUGGAAGAGAGAGUGCCUGUUGCCGCCCAAGAGUUCCAAUGCCAAGGUGAACGACACGCACCUUCUGGAAUCCUUUGAGGAGAUGGAGGAAGCGGUUUUCCUUGGGAUGCUUGAACAUCACCGAGCCGAAGGUGACCUGAGCGAGCCUGAGGUAGAGAUGUCUCAGUUUUCUGAUUGUAGCGUAGGAGAUUUUGACAGAUUGUGGCCACAGUUCCUAGCAGUUUGGGACCGAAAGGAACUUUUCUUCGACCAGCAGUUUUUGAAGAUCCCGCUAGUCAUCAAAAGCGCCAUGGAGUCGAUGCCCAAGCGUGCUCGGUCCACCACUUUGGACCCGGAGAGACUGGAUGUGUGGAACCGCAUGGUGAAAAAGCUGAUGGCACUGGUGAUCCCUAUCAACCUCCUGACCCUACGUUUGCCGACCGGCAACCACAAGAAGAUGAUGGCCACCCUGGUGGAGAAGAUGGAGAUGGAGGACUUGAUCCAUGCCCGGGAGUUGAUCGCGGUGCAGAUUCGGAAGCUUCAGCUUUGUCAAGAUCUACGGGACUCCGAGGACUUCAUCGUCAUGACGGACCUGGACGACGUCGAGGUGAUCGAGCCUACAUCAAUGACUUCAAGGACACCAACGACUCCGGCGACGGCGACUUCCAGGACUUUGACGACAAGACGUGCCAUGCCAGCAGCCAGCAGUUCGUUGGCUCCCAGCGAAGCCAUGACACAGGGAUCAACGGGCACCAAUGGAGCCGGGAAGGUGGGAGAUGUGAAGGGCCUGGAGAUUGUCUUCGGCUACAUUCCUCCAUGCCAUUGCGGGCAUCAAGCCCGACUUCACUUGAGUCGCACGGAGAAGAACUUCGAGAAGUUCUUCCUGCGAUGCCCACGAGACCCGGGAGUGCAGUGCAAUUACUUUCAAUGGACCACGGCACAACCGUUCCAGGAUGUGACAGCUUGGAAGUACAAGGAUCAGGGAGAGGGAGCAGUUCCUGCGGCAGAAGCCCUACAGGAGAUCAAGGAAAAGAAGACCAGUUCUUCGAGCGGAACCACUGCGGAUUUCGAGGAGUACCAGAAUAAAGAACUCAUGCAAAAGUAUCUUGAAGACAAGCAAGAAGCCAUGGAGUUGUUGGAGUUUGCGAUUUCCGUUUGCCUUUUGUGUCAGGAACUUGGCAUCAAAUUUGUGAUCGAACAUCCAUUUACUGCCACUUCAUGGCAAACCCCCGCCAUGCAGAAGCUUUUGAGGAACCCACUUUUCUAUUUUUCUCGUGCUGAUCAAUGCGAGUAUGGACUACGAGGACCACGUGGAGGGUUGCAUCGAAAGGCAACUGGCUUCGUCACCAACUGCAAGGAGAUCUCCAUGGUCUUACGGCGAAGAUGCUCUGGAGAACAUGAACAUGAGGUCAUCAUCGGGGGAAAGGUCUCCGAACUGGCACAGAGAUAUCCCAAGAGACUCAUUGACCAAAUCUUGGGAGCCUACCAGAAGAGCAUUUGCGAGUUCAAGGAGAGAAGCCGACUCCGGGAGAAGAACAUCAUUCACCAGAAGUUCCAGGAGAUGACGGAGGACAACAACGAGAUGCUGACCAACUUCCGCAUUGUGGAGUUUAUCAAGAUGAUACAGAAUUUGGAGAUGACAAAGAACGAGAUGCUGACCAACUUCCGCAUUGUGGAGUUUAUCAAGAUGAUACAGAAUUUGGAACUUCAUCAUUCUAAAGUACUUCGACGUUGCCAAGAACCACCCGGUGGUACUGUCCUUCAACGUGAUACAGUAUGUCAACGCGAUCCAGAAUGUCAAGAAGCUGCGGUUCUUCGAGGUGACAAGGAAUGUCCAGGAGAGCUGAGAGAAACUGGAAGGAUAGAGAAAGAUAUUUUGGCAGUGGAGAUGGCGGAGGAACCAACUGAAGGAGUUGGCAAAGACUUGCCUCUUAGCGGAAGAUUUUCGAUUGGGAGACUACUUCAACGAGCACAUGAAGGGCUAGGACACCCGAACAACGACCGAUUUGUUCGGAUUUUACGGUAUGCCAACGCCAAGCCUAACGUGAUUGAGGAGGCCAAGAAACUUCAAUGUAGUGUAUGCCAACGGCAUCAACAAGUUCGACCAGCACGACGAGCAGCUCCACCAAAGGAGCUAGACUUCAAUGACUGCGUUGGAGUGGACGUGGUCUACUUGCCCCUUCCAAACGGAAAGACGAGACCCAGUUUGAAUAUCAUUGACUGGAGCUCAAAGUUCCAACUGAUGAUACCGACGGAUACCAAACGACCUGGGCAGCUUCGAGAGGCGUACAGACACUGGCUACGCCUUUUUGGACCACCAAAGAGAAUGGCGAUUGACAUGGGCAAGGAGUUCAAAGGAGUCUUUGCUCAAGCAGCAGAGUCGGAUGGAACAUAUGUGGAUCCGGCGGCAGUGGAGGCGCCACAUCAAAGAGGCAUCACCGAGAGGCAUGGAAAGACCUUUAAGUUCAUGCUGAUGAAGGCCAUGGACACGUACAAUUGUACCAAUGUGCAAGAGUGGGAAGAGUUGGUGGACGUGACCACCAUGACGAAGAAUCGGAUGCUGCAGCACAACGGGUUCUCACCUUCACAACGAGUCUUUGGAUUCAAUCCGAAGAUACCUGGAGGACUACUUUCCGAUGAUGGAGGUAACCGAGUUCAUCCAGACAAAGUUCGACAAGGUGAUCUGACCGUGGAGAGAUCUAUGAGGAUGAGGAAGGCAGCAGCUGAGGCCUUCCUAGAAGCUGACGCCGACGAGGCUUUGAGAAGAGCAGUGUCAACUGGUCCGAGACCUAUGCAGGACUAUGACAUUGGAGAGAUGAUCUACUUUUACAGAAUGGGAGCUGACAAGGCGAAGAAGUUUGCCCCCGGAUACUGGUGCGGACCAGCUCGCAUCAUGAUGAUUGAUCAACCAUCAACCAUCUGGGCAAGUUACCAAGGGACCUUGGUGAAAGCAGCUCCAGAGAGAGUUCGACGAGCUAGCCUGGAAGAAAACCUCAGUCUUAGUGGUUGGCUGGCUGACUUGGUGAAGAACAAGCAUGAUCCAUGCACGGAUCCCAAGAAAGGCUACAUCGACCUUAUAGAACAUCCUCUUCCACCGGAAGUUGAACGAUCAGGAGAUGCAGAUGACGAAGAAUAUGAGCCGAGUGUGAUGGAUGACGAGGAGUUUGCAGAGGCCCUGAAGAACCAACCCCUGAAGAGAAAAGGUCCUUCAUUGGGACCGAAACCUCUUAGACGAUACUAUGGCAAACAAGAGCAGGACCUGGAGGAUUUUCUUGCGGCAGCAGACACGGGCAAACUACGUGAUGAACGUCAAGAACCACCUGAACUUCAUCAACCAGCUGAACUACCUGUACCUGAUCAAGUUCCUGGAGACGAAGAGCGAGAGGAGAUUGAGGAGACAGGGACAAAACGGGAGCAUGGAGACGGAGAUCCACCUGGAGAUGAAGAAGAACGACCAACCAAGAGAAGCCGAGCAGAAUACCUAGAGUUGUACCACCUGAAGGUGGACAACUUGAUGAAGCAGCGACAGAGGAAAGAGAUUAGGCUGCAGGAAUUGGAUCGGAAGAACCAUGAAAGUUUCCUGAAGGCAAUCAACAAGGAGAUCCAGACCAACAUAGAAGCUGGAGCCUACCAGAUCUUGGGAGACAAAGAAUCUGCCUGGAUCCGACAACAAUGCCCUGAGAAGAUCAUGGAAAGUCGUUUUGUUCUGACCGCGAAGCCUCUUGAACCUCAAGAAGUACAACCAGCAAAAGAGACAGGACUUUUACUUGACUGGGAGUCAGAAGAACCAUGUAAGGCCAAAGCUCGACAUGUGAUGAAAGGUUUUUCGGAGGAUGGAUCCUCUACCAUCGAAGCGACAACACCACAAGUGACCCGAGAGGGAGUACUGAUGGUUGCUCAAAUGGUAGCAAGCCAUAGAUGGAGACUGGGUUUUCUGGAUUUUACUCAAGCCUUUAUGUCUGGAGACCCAAUUCAAAGGACCAUCUACGCAGCCCAGCCGAGAGAAGGAAUUCCAGGUUUGUCGCCUGGUCAACUACUGAAACUUGAAAAGGUGUGCUAUGGACUGGUAGAUGGACCCUAUGCUUGGUUUCAACACCUGAAUAGAAUGCUUACCAAGGAUCUCGACUACCAACAGUCCCUGGCCGACCCAUGCAUCUAUUUUCAACAUCGAGAAGUUCAAGGACCAGAUGGACUUUGGCGCAAGGAACUUGGAGGAGUGAUCGCUGUGGCUACUGAUGAUUUACUACAUGGAGGUGACGAAGAACAUCUGCGGUGCAUGGAGAUCAUCCAAAAGAAAUACAAGCUGGGCAAAUACCAAUUUGACCCAGGGAAGUUCACCGGAAAGCAGUUCACUACGAUGCCAGAUGGAAGCAUCUUGGUCAACCAGGCCCAGUACACCAAGGAGAAGCUGAUCGACAUACAGAUCGACAAACAUCGGAAGAGACAGAGAUACAGCUUCUGUUCCGAGAAAGAGAUCAGCGAGUUGAGAGCUAGCGUGGGAGCAUUGUCAUGGCUCUCCAAAGAAUCCAGACCGGACUUGGCAGGAAGAGUUGCUCUUCUACAACAAAACUUUCCCAGACCCAGAGUCAAAGAUUUGAUCGAAGCCAACUCGAUCACCCAAGAAGCGAAGAAGAACCCAGAAAGUGGAAUUAAGAUCAUGCCGAUCUUACCACAGAAACUACGAGUUGGAGUAGCAACUGAUGCUUCAUGGGCCAAUGCGAAGGACAGAGAUCGACUUGAAGAUCAUCGAGAUGAUUUUUGGGAAGAGACGGAAGGCUUCUGGAUUAGACACCACAAGACACCGAGAAGAACCCUGUUUCAUCCUGGAGCUGUUGAAGGUCCUGACCUACAUGAUUUGCUACCAGUUCGCAAAACUGUCCGAGAUCAAGGCAAGGUCUCCGAGGACUUUUGGAACAAAAGUGAUAGUUUUCAGUCAGAAAAUGCAGAAUGGACUGGAAAGACAUACUUUGUGAAACAACCUUUUGGAGAAAAGCUACCGCCCACGGAAAUCAAUGAGAUGUUCCUAAAGUUGAUGAACUGCAGUUCUCAAGGUGGGUAUAUCAUGAUGUACUACGACAAGGAUUUGGAAACACUACCAACUCCACAAAUGGUAUCAGUGACAUCAUGGAAAUCCACUAGGCUGAAACGCAAAACAGUGAAUACCUUGUCAGCAGAAUGUCAAGCACUUAUCACUGGCAUUGGACAUAUUCAUUGGCAUCGCUUUCUGCUGCUUGAACUGAAUGGAGAGAACAUGUCUGAUCGAGAAUGGGAACAUCGACUUUCGUCCAUACCCUAUGUCUCAGUGGUUGACUCCAGAUCGCUCUAUGAUUGCCUCAAUAAACUGGUCUGUACCUAUGCUCAGGUGGAAGACAAAAGAACGGCGAUCGAUGUGGCGAUUCUCAAGGACGACCUCUACAAGACUGGAGGGCAUCUCAGAUGGGUGGACGGUUCCAACAUGGUGGCCGAUAGUUUAACUAAGAAGAUGUCUAGCGAGUUUUUGAGGUUGAUUUGUAACCAAGGAUUCUGGUCAUUAACCAAGUCAGGACACCAGAAGUUAGCAAGUCAACAUGAUUUGCUCAUGGUCACGAUACACCAGCCAUAA